AUGCAAGAUGUCUCCUUUGCGGAUGUUUCCGUCCACCGACUGUUGAGCUCGACACCGCCGAACCGUCACUCCUCGCUAUACUCUAUACCAGCGGACGUGUUCAGUGAGAUCGGGUCGCAUCUCACCACACUCUCUGAUAUCCUCCACUUCAGUCUGGCAUCGUCGGACGUUUACUGGAAGCUAAUACCGGCAGUCUACUCCAUCGUCGAACUACGAGGCCCUGCACAAUGCGAAGCGACGCUGGGCAUGCUGCAGCGCUGCCCGAAGAUCGCACGACAUGUCCAGAAGCUCGUCGUGUGCCCAGAAGAACAGCGAUUCAAGCGGCGACAGCAACUGAGGGCCUGGGACAAUGCGGGGACGGUUUCUCGGUUGGUCAGUCUGGCGGCGCGGCAUUUAGAUGCUCUGCAGACGUUCGAGUGGGAUGGGGACGAUAUGCUGCCGGAUGACCGCAUGUGGUCUAGCUUGCAGGAGUGCUGUCCAUACCUGAGGAAUAUCGGAACCACAUUCGGGUGCUUUUUGCCUCGUCCCAGCAGCCAUUUAUUCGAGUUCAAUGACCUUGCUAGUUUUUCACUGUUCUUCAAGGAUGGGUUCUACCAUUCUCAGUUGCAUAUCCCUUCACGAGAAAGCGAGCCGGUCUUCUCCCCUAUCCGGGACAUGCUCGUCAAUCGAUGUCCCAACCUCGAGUCGUUGGCGGUCGCGGGAACAUCUGCCGAGCCCCUCGACAUCUUGCGCCUCCUCACAAGCUACUGGCCUCGCCUGCGCUCGUUGACCAUCGGUGAACCGACGAGCGAAAUUCCGGCUCCUGUGAACCCCGCGCUAGUUCAUCCGUUCCUCAGGUUCCUCGAACGGCAUCCCACGCUUGAGGGCCUCCAUAUCUUGAGCCAUUCAAACAUCCACUCAGUAGAUCUGGGUGAGCUUGACAGGGAUGCGCUCCCUAUCUUGAAGGAAUACAGCGGAUCAUUGGAGCAUCUCAGAGCUCUCAUCGAUAGGGAUCAGAACGGGGCAGCCAACGUGAAUGCCAAUGCGAACCUCCCUUGGGCAGCUCAGGGGCAACACGCGCCAUCAAGUUCACCCCUUUCGAUUACAUUGCAAUCCGUUCGCUUGCUGGAGCCCAUGCAACUUAGGGAGUUCACACCGCUCACUAUCUCUCGAGUGCUCAUGGAUCUUCCCGCACUUACAUCGCUCAAGAUCACCUUCGCCCUGCAUAGCGGAUAUGACAGCAACGGCGUAUUCCGCACCAUUAUCUCAUCAUGUCCUCAAUUGCUGCACCUCGACCUGACCUGUACUUCUAAGCCCUCGUUUUAUCUCGAUUCCUUUUCACGGUCUCUCAGCAAGCUCGCAAAGCUCCGGACCCUGCAGCUCAGCAUCGUAAAGUUUCACGGUGAAGAGCCGAUGCAUGCAGGAGCAGCACGCAUCGCUCUCACCAAUCCUCGCCUUUCCCGAUUCACCAUAUCUUACAUACCGACGCACACGCCGACGCUGCCCCUCCCGCCGCCGAUCGAGAAAGGGACGUUCGAACUAGCGUGCGACACCCACGGCAUCCCGAUCAGCCUGUUCAUCUCUGAGUGGCGCGCGUCGUUCUGGAAUGGCGGGAGCGGCGGUAUCAUACGGGGAGCGCUCGUGGGUGCUGCGAUAUGGUUCGGCAUGGGCGUUGGCAACGGAUGGCGAGCAAAUGGGAAUGGUUGGACGCGCCGGUGGAAGUGCGAGCUACGGCCCAGCGGACACCCCGACGUCAUGAGAAAGGGGAUGCUGGAGCUUCUCUUUGAGCAUAGUCCGGCAGGAGAAGAGGCUCGCCUCUUCGCUCUCUGCUUAGGUUUGCUCUCGUUGGCACUGUGGUGCAUUGUUUGGAGGUCAUCUGUAUUGUCCUUGGUAGACACCGGUGUCAAGGUAUAG